CAUCUGCAUGUUCGAGUUUCCUAACCAGCAGUUUGUUGUAAAUCAGACUUAUGUCUUUAUUUCACAGAAUCGCAACUUUCUAUUCAGACAAAAUACGUUCWCUAAAUGGUAAUAGACAUUCAAAACAUGUAUUUGUCUUCUUGGACAAUCAACUCACCGCUAUCCAGCGUCGACAACUACGGAAGCUGCCCUCACACAGACACGCUACCUARCACCCGCUUCUGUGAUUGGUAGCAACUGAGCAAUCCCAGCUCUGAUUGGGUGAUGUAAUUCAAAACAUCAACAUUCGUCACCACGGGGGGAAAAAAGCAUGGCGGCCCCCAMCAUGAGCGUGGGUAAACCUACCGCGGACCGUUUACCGUGCAAUACCACCAGUUUUCAGAAGAAAUCACGAASCAAACUAGUUUCAAUACCUGGCACAAGACCUUCGAUUCAAAAUGGGCAACUUAUUGUUUCGACUGGUGUCACAUCUCUCGACUACGUGAUUGGUGGUGGUUUAGCAGUUGGAACCCUUCUCCUCAUAGAGGAGGACCGAUAUGACAGCUACUCUCGUAUGCUACUCAAGUACUUCCUGGCAGAGGGGGUGGUGUGUGGACAUGAACUCUACGUGGCGUCUGCCCAGGACCACCCCAAUGACAUCCUACAGGAGCUCCCCGCCCCCAUCCUGGAUGACAUCGCCAGCCCCAAAACAGUGGAGGACCAGGCAAAGUCAUGUGACCCUGAGAGUCAGGACGCCAUGAAGAUCGCCUGGCGCUACCAGCACCUGCCAAAAGUACAGACGGCCCUGGCGUCCUCGUCGAGGUUCGGACACUACUACGACGUCUCCAAGACAAUGGACCCUGAGAUCUGCCAGGCGGCCAGGUGCCACGGCUUCUACCUUCCAGAACACUCCACCGCUGUGACAUCACCCACCGCCACCGGGCAGAG